UCUGUCAGCAGUGGCUCCGCCCCCCCCAGCAGGUAAGCUCUCUGCUCUCUCACCUGCCUCAGUCUCCACCUCUGCAGAGAUGAUGGAGGACGCUGUCAGCCUCGGCGCCGUCACCCUGCUGGGAGUCCUGGAACAAGCUUACUUCUCCCUGCAGGUCAUUUACGCUCGCAGGAAGUUCUCAGUCUCUCCUCCCGACACCGGCGGGCCCCCAGAGUUCCAGCGGGUCUUCAGAGCUCAGGCCAACUGCUCCGAGUACUUCCCCAUCUUCAUCACGGUGCUGUGGCUGGCUGGAGUCUUCCUCAGCCCAGGCCUGGCCUCCGUCUGCGGGCUGCUCUAUCUGCACGGACGUCUGCGCUACUUCUGGGGAUACUCUGCGUCUGCGCAGGGACGGCUGGCUCCGCUCUACUUCAGCGCCAAGGUUCUGUGGGUUCUGAUCGGGCUCUCUGCGGUGGGGAUUCUGCUGACGUCCCUCCGGGUCUACCUGAACGUGGACCUGCUGCAGGAGCUCGGUUCUGCCCUCAGCCCGCUCUGAGAUGACUCAGUUUCUGUCGUGGUUCUGCUGUUGAGUUCCAUCAGAACAAUAAAGAUCCGGUUCCUGCA